UAACAAAUUUAUGGCAAAAUCCUUCGAAAAAGCUGCGUAGAACGUUGAAAAGCGGGGCCACCAAUGAACAAUCGCGUCAGAUUAGCGAUGUGUUAUCAGCUCACUGUCCAAAAGCCACUUUAUAUCACCGCACAAAGCUCUCUCCGCCAUUUCUUCCGACGAGAAAGCAUAUUCCCUUUCCCCCCUUUUGCCAAAUCGUAGCAAAUCGAUGAUUUUUCCUUCUUCCUCGUUGAUUCUUCUGUAAUGCUAGUCCGGAGGAGUGAGCUGUAGCAAGAAAAGUAGUUCUUUUCAUGCUUCAUUUCUGAUCUACCGGACCGCCGGCGUCACUGCUAGCGGCGGAGCUCUGAUGGGUUGCUCCCAGUCGAAGAUCGAGAACGAAGAGGCGAUUGCGCGAUGCAAAGAACGGAAGAUUCACAUGAAAGAUGCGGUCGCGGCGCGAAAUGCUUUUGCUGCUGCUCAUUCCGCCUAUGUCAUGUCCGUUAAGAACACUGGAUCUUCUUUGAGCGAUUAUGCGCAUGGGGAGGUCCAGAAUCCUCAAUUGGUUGACGGGACUGCUCAAUCGAACCCGAUAAUUGAUUCUGCUGCAGCGUCUUAUGAGCCCCUUGCGCCGCCGCCGCCGCCUCUCCCGAAUUUUCCCUCUCCUCUUCAUAGGGCUGCUAGCAUGCCGGAGAUGAAUAUCCUCAAGUCCGAUCUGAAGCCGGUUGGGCCAAUCAUCGAGGAAGAGGAUGAGAAUGAAACAGACAACGAGGGUUCUGUUGGUGCGUUGAGGAGGAGGAGAAGCAAAAAAGGUAGCGGUGGCGGUGGGAGCAGCCGAAUAGGGAAUACAGAGCUUGAUGAAGACUUGGAGGGUCCGCCGCCGCCAGUGCCGCCUCCGCCGUCUAGCACGCCGCCGUUGAAUGUGAACCGGCACCUGCCGCCAGCACAGCAACAGAACUCGACGUACGAUUACUUCUUUGCUGUUGACAGUAUGCCUGGUCCGACUUUGAGUGAGGCUGAGGAGGUCAAUAUCGAUGAGGAAGACAUUGAGCGCGAACCGUUUGAUAAAAGUCCCCAAAGAGGGGACAACGAUGAAAUGGAGGACCGAAGAGGGCACAAAGAAGCCGAGGUGGUGGAGCCACCACCGCCUGUUGUUGCAGAGCCAUCAGCUUCCACAUCGAAGAGCUUGAAGAAGGUGGGGGCUGUGGGUUCCAUGGAGGGCAGACGGAUGAAUGAGGCCAAAUUUAAUCUGUUGCAGAUAUUUGUGAAUCUUGACGAUCAUUUUCUCAAGGCUUCUGAGAGUGCCCAUGAAGUGUCCAAGAUGCUUGAGGCGACACGACUGCAUUAUCACUCAAAUUUCGCUGAUGGUCGAGGGCACAUUGAUCAUUCUGCUAGAGUGAUGCGUGUUAUUACAUGGAACCGGUCAUUUAGAGGACUUUCUAAUAUGGAUAAUGGAAAAGAUGAUUUCUAUGCAGAAGAUCAAGAAACUCAUGCCACUGUGCUAGAUAAACUCCUGGCAUGGGAAAAGAAGUUAUUUGAUGAAGUGAAGGCAGGUGAAAUUAUGAAAUUCGAGUACCAAAGAAAGGUUGCUGCACUGAAUAGGCUAAAGAAACGAGGUUCUAGUUCAGAAGCGUUGGAGAAAGCAAAAGCAGCCGUAAGUCACUUGCAUACAAGAUACAUUGUUGACAUGCAAUCCUUGGAUUCAACUGUCUCGGAGAUUAAUCGUUUACGAGACGAACAGUUAUACCCAAAACUCGUUCAGCUUGUUCAUGGGAUGACGAUGAUGUGGGCUGCGAUGCGAAUUCACCAUGAAGAGCAAUUGAAGAUUGUGAAUGCAUUGAGAUACCUGGAUCUCUCUCAGUCCCCAAAAGAAACUAGUCUGCACCACCAUGAGCGCACGUUACAGCUGUGCAAUGUCGUGAGAGAAUGGCAUUCACAGUUCGAGAAGCUCGUGCAACGUCAGAAAGACUACAUUAAAGCACUAAACAGUUGGUUGAAACUAAAUUUGAUUCCUAUAGAGAGUAGCCUGAAAGAGAAGGUGUCUUCUCCACCAAGAGCUCAAAAUCCUCCUAUUCAGAGACUCCUCAUUGUUUGGCACGACCAACUCGAGAAACUCCCAGAUGAGCAUCUUAGAACAGCAAUUUCCAGUUUCGGUGCCGUGAUAAAUACUAUUAUGCUGCAGCAGGAAGAAGAGAUGAAGCUAAAGUUAAGAUGCGACGAGACCGAGAAAGAGCUCGACCGCAGGCAGAGGCAUUUUGACGACUGGCAUUACAAAUACCAGCAACGAAGAAUUCCUGAUGAGUUGGACCCCGAGAAGUCUGAAGAAAACGCGCAGGAUGCCGUAGUUACAGAGAAGCUAAUUGUGGUAGAGUCGUUGAAGAAGAGAUUGGAGGAGGAAAAGGAAACUCACGCGAAGCAGUGCCUUCAUGUGAGGGAGAAAUCACUGGUGAGCCUUAAGAAUCAGUUGCCAGAACUCUUCAGGGCAUUGUCUGAGUUCUCUUACGCAGGUUCGGAGAUGUACAACAACUUAAGGUCGAUUUGUCAGGUCUAAAAUUCGAAGCCGCAGCCCAGCAAGAGAAUUUCCCUGUCUCUCUUGCAGGUUGUUUCCUCCAUUGUUGGUUACUGAUUUUCUUAAAUCUCCCCACCCCAUGUAUUUUUUGUGGGAUGCUUUUCUCAGUAGGAUUCGAAUUUAUGAUCUCUUGAUUAGAGACAGAUAUUAAUUACCGUUGAGUUAAGUUCAUGUUUCAAUUU